AUGAGCGGGGACUCGAGCUGCUCAGCACUGAUGCACUAUCAUCGCUCUACCAUACGCACAUCCUCGUUGUGGUCGAAACCAGCCAACGUAGUUAGGGGUGAAACGUUCAUCGAGUGUCUCAGUGCGGGUAGGUCAUGCUAUGGCGAGAUCGCAUAUACGCCUCUGCACACCGCUUCACCGCACGCCGAGUGGCCCGCUAAAUCGUUGCCAUCGCACAUGAAUUGCUGUUUCGACACCAGCCUCUUGUCGUCUGCAUCAAGAUGUCACAUCCUUGCGCGCGCUAUACCGAAUAAGGAAGUAGCCCUACAAUAA